CUCGAGAACCUUACUACUAGUAAGUUACUAGUAAUGUUCAUAACAUCCCGAAGUCCCACCUACAUCAUCAAAUCUUCGACUCUCCUUGCCAUCCACCUGCUAGCGACCAUGUCGAAACAGUCGCAACUUCGCUCCUUAUACCGCUCGCUACUCCGCGAGCUUCCGCCAAAACCGCUCUCGUCUACAGCAUCAUCACAAACUCGAUCACCUCUACAUCAACGAUUAAGACAAAAUUUCUCGGACGACGCACCGCACCCACAUGCACUCGCCCAGGCCGACCAGCUGCUUCAAUAUCUGAAAGCACAAAGGCAAUAUACAACAUUACUAGAGCGAUACAAUCCAGGCAUGAACAUGGACGACGAAGAGCGCGUCAGGUUGACCGCCCGCCGAGUCGGUAUGGACUUACCAAUAGAAUACGAGAAGAGCAGCGAAAAGAGUUGAGGGAUGAGUUCGCAAAUAUAAACAUGGGGAAAUAGAUAAAAGCAAGUUCAUAGCUUUCUCGUAUUUGGAAAAACUGCUCGCAAUGAUAUCCCGAACGCUCUCGAGUCUCUCAUAUCGAUACCCAGCUGCAUUAGGUGUAUCUAUGCCUGUUCUUAUUGCAGGUUUCAUGUUGAAGCAACCGAGAACUCCUCAAAGCAGUACCUCGAUUGCAUAUACUGCUAGCAAAUUAUGGUGGAAUACCGAGUGUCAAUCAGGACGUUAAUACGGAUUCACGUGAAUAAUCGUUGAUCUUCCUUCAAUAGGGUAUGACCAUUGCGUACCCUUUCCCUUGCCUUUCUAAAGCAUAUACCCAAAGAUCAUCGGAAUGCAAAUAUCCUACCUGCCUACGUAAGCAUCUAGGUAGGCGGGAUGAAAAUUGGGCAUUGAACGAAGGCAACCCUAAUACAACAAGGAGGCGACAGCUAUUUAGCUUCAAUUAGACAAACUGCUACAUCACGACUGCCCAGGUGAGUAAGCCAUUUUGGAUUAAAAACGAGUGUGUUGGCC